GGCUGCUGCUGGCCGCGGGGCGGGCGGCGUUGGAGCGCGGCGCUCUGAUUGGUGCCUCUCCCGGAACAGCCGCGCUGGCGGAGAGGACGGGCUGCUGGUCGCCAUGGCCACAGCAACAGACCAGGUGGUUGGAUUUGGCUUGGUUGCCUUUAGCCUUGUCCUCUUCGUAUAUUACACUCUCUGGAUCAUCAUACUGCCCUUCAUUGACAGUGACCAUGGCAUCCACCAGUACUUCUUGCCCAGGGAGUAUGCAGUUAUCAUCCCUGUGGUAGCUGGGCUGCUGCUACUUCUAUUUAUAGGUGUUUUUAUAUUGGUCAUCAUGUGGAAGAGCAGGAAACCUGCCAAGAAGUCGGACUGAAGCCCAGCUGAGACAAGAAGGUGCCCACUCUGCAGCGUUGUAGCCAGGAAAAGACUUUGCUGGCAGCAGUGGGCAGAUGCCUGCUCCAGAGCACUUGGCACUGAGACAGCUGUGUUCUCCCACAUUCCUUCCUCCAGAGAAGCAGCCACCUGUAGUUCACAACUUACUGACCAAAGGGAAGCAAAACUGACCUCUGGAGCUCCUUGCAAGAGGGGUCAGAGCCCCACUGUGAGGGGCCUGCUUCCCAACUGGGGCUCCCGUACCAGUUGCGCUUUGGUCCACACUGGCUGAAGGAGUCAUUGGGGUCCAGAGCCCUGAGUCCUGCCCGUUGCUCACUCUGGAUAGUCCUUCCCCUCUGCUCUUGCCCUGUCCAGCAGCUUGUUCCUUCUGUGUUUUUUUCUGGUGUUGACAUGUGGUAUGUGGGGUUUUUAAAAUGGUUUGAUGUUUUGGAGGAAAGACUUCGGGCUAGGGAAAGGCAGGCUUGCAUUCCCCAUUGGCCUGCUGGAAGGGCUAACCAUGGUACUGUUGGGCUCCUACAUUCCUGAAGAGGGACCUCUGUGAGGCUGGUUGUGCAGAGGCAGCAGAAACCGUGCCCGCCACUGCCCUCUGUGUCCCCUCUUGCAGUCGUGCAGCUGAGGUGUGGUGAGAUGCCCUCGGUCACAAGGAAGUAUUCAGGGUGCGGUUGCCAUCCCAGCUGUCAACUGCUGACUGAGUUCCUGCACCCAGACAAGGCUCUGCACGGCAGCUGGGCUGAGGCUAAACGGGCAGGUGUGGUGGUGCUUUGUCCUUCGCCUGUGGGGUUUCUUCUCCUGGCAGCAGCUGCUGCCCCAAGCCAUAGUGUCCUUUUAGCUCCCACAGACCACAACAAGUGGGAUAACCCUCAAUAAAAGUCCACAAGGCCUCA